GGACCGGCGGCUGAGUAAGAGACCGCAUCAAACUUCUUGCCACUGGCUGUGACGUCUUCGAUCCGCCAACUUUGGAUUAGGCGAGGGCCCCUUACCGGAAAUCGACAACAUCGUCGUCGUCGCGCGAGCCGUCAUUGGUUCAUCAACUUGGCACUUGUCCUAAACCAUGUGUGUCUUGCUACCGGGUGCCCAUCUUCUUGGAGGAGGCACCGGAGACCCCUCCACAAAGAACUACCCUCGAGCAACUGAACGCGGAACUUUGACUAACUGAUGGCCACAUCGAGUGUUUAUUCAUUGGCUCCCAAGGUGUUACAGAAAGUUAAAUAGAACCUCAACCCCAGAGCUAUCCUGAGCUUAAUUCCUUCAACACCACCAGUUUAAACUUACCUAUUAUAUCCCCCUUCAGCAACCAACCUCCCCAGCAGAAAUACCAUGUCCUCGCUCCCAAAGACGUUCAAGAAGGCCGCCUUCACAGACCAGGGGUCUCGCCUCAGCAUCGGAGAAGCCCCCUUGCAGCUCCCCGGCAAGAAUGAGGUGCUUGUGAAGGUUGAGGCCUGCGGUGUCUGCCACUCCGACACCUUUGUCCAGGGGAACGCCUAUGGUAUCGGUUUCCCCUUGACUCCCGGUCACGAGGUCAUUGGCCGUGUUGCGGCCGUUGGCGAGGAUGUCAAGGCGUGGAAGGUCGGCGACCGUAUCGGAGGGGGCUGGCACGGCGGUCACGAUGGCACCUGCGGGGCUUGCAAGAAGAGUCUCUUCCAGAUGUGCGAGAACGAGGCCAUCAACGGGGUAACUAGGAACGGCGGAUACGCGGAAUACGUGCUCAUCCGGUCGGAAGCGGGCGUCAAAGUGCCAGACGACGUCGACGCGGCCAGCUACGCGCCGCUGCUCUGCGCGGGCGUGACCGUGUUCAACUCGAUGCGGCAGAUGGACGUGGCCCCCGGCGAGACGGUGGCCAUCCAGGGGCUGGGCGGCCUGGGCCACCUCGGCGUGCAGUACGCCAACAAGUUCGGCUACCGCACCGUGGCCGUCUCCCGCGGCGCCGACAAGGAGGCCUUCGCCCGCCAGCUGGGCGCCCACGAGUACGUCGACACCACCAAGGUCAAGGCCGGCGCCGCGCUCAAGGAGCUUGGUGGCGCCGCCAUGAUCGUGACGACGAACCCGCAUGCCGAGCAGAUCCCUGAGCUAUUGCAGGGGCUUGGGCCGAGGGGCAAGCUGCUGAUUGUGUCCCUUCCCGGCGAGGUGCCCUUCGAUAUCACUCCGAUGAUCCAGAAAGGACUGUCCAUCCACGCCUGGCCCUCGGGACACGCGACCGAUAUGGAAGACGCUAUUGAGUUCGCCCAGCUGCAGGACAUCGGUUGCAUGAUCGAGAAGUUCCCGCUGGAGAAAGCGAACGAGGCUUACGAUGCUAUGCUUAGCGGCAAGGUCCGCUUCCGGGCAGUCCUAACCUUUGAGUGAGGGUUCAGGGGGCGGUUUCGAAUCUUCGGUUCGGGUUGGAUACGUCGUACGGGAAUGUACUGUGAUGGGGAGCAGGGCCGAGAUGCACAUGGAGUGUCCACUGGCACGGAACCUCAUACAUAGUGAUCAAUGUUGACCCUGAUUAUACGUCAA